GCCUAAAAUAUUGUCAUGGCGCAGCUUCGCUGGCUCUCCCUCGUCGUCGCUUUGGUUCCGUUUCAUAUCCUAACUGUUCACGGACAAGACGAGAAUAGACCUGGAAAAUGUCCAUUGCCUAAAUUAAGGACUGAAUGUUCUAGUACAGCGUCCUCUACCUGUUCGAUUGAUGUUGAAUGCCCUGGGACUCAGAAAUGUUGUGAUGAUGGAUGUCUUGGUUACAAAUGUACCGAACCCUUCUUCGAUCCAACUGCUAUACCGCCAAAGCCUGGAAAAUGUCCGGUAGCAACUAUAAGACCUGAGUGCGGUACUCCACAAUCCCUAUGUUCAGAAGACGAGGAAUGUCCAGAAGCACAAAAAUGUUGUGAUGACGGUUGUUCGGGUUUAGAAUGCCGAGAUCCAGUGGGAGCAAGCGAGAACCCUGGCGAUCCGGGAGAGAGAGGUCCACCUGGUACUCCUGGGGAUCGAGGACCUGACGGACCCCCAGGUAAUCCGGGAGUUCCUGGACGUCUUGGGAGAAAGGGAAAUAAGGGACCUCGAGGAGAUACUGGGCCACCAGGUCCACCAGCACAGCAAGCCCCUGGUGAUGAUGGAGAUGCGAAAGGCCCUCCUGGCGGACCAGGUGGAUCAGAAGCCAUCCCUGGGCCUCCGGGACCUCCCGGUAGAUAUGGUCGUAGAGGAGCACCAGGCGAUGCUGGAGAGCGGGGCGAUCCCGGUUUAUCCGGCCCACAAGGUCCUAAAGGUUACCCUGGAAGCGUUGGACCUCCUGGUGAACCAGGGUCACCUGGACCUAAUGGAAAUCAGGGUGAACCUGGUGCACGAGGUGAUGAAGGAGAUCAAGGACGACCUGGGGAGGCCGGUCCUCCUGGUGAAGAUGGGGAACCUGGUGAUGUUGGACGACAGGGUGAUCCUGGGGAAUCUGGUCUGAAAGGCCCAGUUGGUGCCCAAGGUGACAUAGGACAAAAGGGUGCUAAAGGUGCUCCUGGAAAGAACGGUGCUGAUGGAGCUCCAGGUAGUCCUGGUAGUACUGGUGAUAACGGUGCUGCUGGUGAUGCAGGGCAGCCGGGAUUACCAGGUCAAACUGGAAAUUCUGGUACGCGGGGAGAGUCGGGUAAACCUGGCGAACCUGGUUCAACUGGUGUUGAUGGCCCGGGGGGACCUAAGGGAAGGCAAGGACCUCAAGGAAACAUUGGUGCCCCAGGUGCCACUGGUAGCGCUGGACAAACUGGUGAAGCUGGUAGGAAGGGUGCACCAGGAAUCCGUGGACCUCAAGGCCCACCAGGCCCCGAGGGACCUAAGGGAGACAAGGGACCAACCGGUAAACGAGGAGAUCGUGGUUUCAAGGGACCUUCUGGCAGCCAAGGUUUGCCUGGUAAACCUGGUGAGGCUGGUAAAGAGGGACGAAGGGGUAAAGAUGGUGAACCUGGACCUGCCGGUCUUGCUGGCCAGAAAGGUGCCAACGGUAUCCCAGGUCCUGCCGGUAAGCCUGGCAGACAAGGUCGUGACGGAACAGCUGGUAAACCUGGUGCAGCUGGUGAUCAAGGCCCACCUGGCCCUGGCGGAUUAGGGGGCGAGAAAGGACCUCCUGGUUUCGAGGGGAUGGUUGGUGAACCUGGUGAUAAGGGAAUCACAGGUGAGCCUGGUGCACGUGGAGCCCAAGGAAGAACUGGUGAAACGGGACGAGAUGGUAGAGAGGGAGCACGUGGUGAAUCUGGCCCACAAGGUUUGCCUGGUCUUGCCGGUAAAGAUGGAUCUGACGGUGCUGCUGGUGACCCUGGUCCAUCUGGAAGAGAUGGCCCUCCAGGAUCCCCUGGUGAACGUGGUGAAAAUGGUGAACCCGGACCCGUCGGUUAUUCAGGUUUUGAAGGUCACCGGGGUGAACAAGGUGAUCAGGGUGCCCCUGGUGAACCUGGCGACCAAGGACCUAAGGGUGCAACUGGCGAGCCUGGUCCACAGGGCGGGCCUGGUGAAGACGGAGUAGAUGGUAGACGGGGUGAGCGCGGACCACGUGGCAACAGAGGUGCUCGGGGCGCAAAGGGUUCCCGUGGUAACCGAGGCCCUCAAGGUGCCAAGGGCAGACAAGGAGAGCAGGGUCAAUCUGGAGAAGCUGGUGAGGCUGGUAAGACUGGAGCAGCGGGUGAACAAGGAGCUCCUGGAACACCUGGUCCUCAAGGUCCUAGGGGUAAGAACGGAAAACAAGGAGCCAAAGGAGAGCGAGGUCAAGAUGGAGAACAGGGUGAAUCUGGUGUAGUUGGACCAGUUGGUCCCCAAGGGCGACAAGGUACCAACGGUAUCGCCGGUCGUCCUGGAAGUAACGGUGCCAAUGGAAGAAAGGGCGACCAGGGACCACGCGGUUAUACUGGCGAUAAUGGUGUUGACGGUGCGGAAGGUCAAAAUGGAGCUGAUGGUGAACCCGGAAGCGAUGGUCCCCAAGGUCCUCCAGGACCCAAGGGCUUCAAAGGUGCUACUGGUGCCCCCGGUGAAAACGGCGAGCCUGGAUACCAGGGCGCCGCAGGAGCUGAAGGACCCAAGGGACCAACUGGAGAUCCUGGGCAGGCUGGACCAGUCGGUGAUACAGGGCCCAAAGGUGUCAAGGGACAGGCUGGUGAUAAGGGCGCACCUGGUCCCCGAGGUGACACUGGAGACGUUGGUGUUGGCGGUUUGAAGGGUGCGAAAGGUAAUAAGGGAGAGAAGGGUGAUACCGGUGAAAGUGGUGCAGCUGGUCCUCCUGGCCGACCUGGUGCCCCUGGUGCUCCUGGCGCCCCAGGUGCUGCGGGUGCCGCUGGAGACACCGGACCGAAAGGUAUUGCUGGAGAGAAUGGCGAAAAGGGACCGGAAGGUCUUGUUGGUUAUCCCGGAACUGAUGGUGUGAGUGGUCCCGCUGGACAAGAUGGUAGUCCUGGUUCCGAUGGUCCCAAUGGUGCGGCUGGUAACAAGGGUGUCCGAGGUCCUCCAGGCCCUACUGGUGAUCCUGGUCCAGGCGGCGAACGGGGAAGACGAGGUCCUCAAGGUUUGACUGGAGAUAUUGGAGCUGACGGUCCUCAGGGUCCAAAAGGAGCCUCCGGAAAGCCAGGCCCAUCUGGAUUGAAAGGAUUUAGAGGGGAGAAAGGUAGCGCAGGUGAUCCUGGACCAGAUGGUGUCCCCGGAGUUCCGGGUCAAGCUGGUGUUCCAGGUAGCAAGGGUCCACAAGGAUCAGCUGGUUCACAGGGCCCGCAAGGACCUCCAGGUCAAGCUGGUCCAUCUGGAGAGGAAGGUGACGAAGGUGAUGCUGGUGCUCCUGGUGCACCUGGUGCCGCUGGGCCAAACGGAAAUCCGGGUACCGUAGGAAGGGCUGGUGAAGACGGCAAUAAUGGAAUCCCUGGAGAAAAGGGCGAGGCAGGCGAUCCUGGUCCACCUGGACCAAACGGUGCGCAUGGUCCUGACGGUCCAAAGGGUGAUGUUGGUUUCCAAGGACUCCAAGGUCCUCCUGGACCUAGGGGACCAGUUGGAGAACCCGGACGAGAUGGUGAACCCGGAAGAGAUGGCUCACCGGGCGACCCUGGUGACCCAGGUGAAGAUGGUCCUGCAGGUGUGCAAGGCCGACAGGGUGGAGUAGGACAGGUUGGACCUCAAGGUGCACAAGGAUCUCCAGGACGAGAUGGCCGCCCCGGUGAAUCAGGUCCCAUCGGACCAUCUGGACCACCUGGCCCACCCGGACCACCUGGACAAAACCUUGUGAUCUUCAGCGACUCGAGAAAGGGACCCCGAUACUACUCCUCCGAGGAAAAGAAAGAUGAAGAUGAGGUGCAGAACACGCUUAUAGAUUUCGUCCACGAUCGUUAUGUCAUGAAAUGGAAAGCAGAUGGCACCAGGCAAAACCCUGCCCGUUCGUGCGCCGACCUAAUCUUGGAUCAUCCUGAAUUAGAAAGCGGUGACUACUGGAUCGAUCCUGAUAUGGGCUGUCAUAAGAACUCUUUCGUAGCCAGAUGUGAUUUCUUGAAGAAGCAAACUUGCGUCUCCUCAGUUGCCGACAAACCGUUCACCUUCAGAUUCAAUUACCCACAACUACAGAAGCUGAGGUUGUUAAGCAGACGCGUAGAACAGAGCAUCACUUAUCAUUGCAAGGAUUCGCCCGCGUGGAAUGAGGAAACGAAACAAUCCCUUGAACUGGUUGGAAAUGACGAGAUGCCGAUUAAUAUGGCUAGCCCGAUGUUCUACAAACCAAGAAUACUAUCAAACGGAUGCAAUAAUUUAGACGGAGCAUGGCACCAGACUAAACUAGUAAUCACAACCAAACGAAAGCAACGUCUGCCUAUCAUGGCUGUUAACCCUAUCAGCACGGAAUCAGGGGAAUAUCGUAUCGAAGCUGGCCCGAUAUGUUUUCAUCACUAACUAAUCUCGGGCCGAGAGUUCCGCGAAAUUAGGACGGGAAUUAGAUAAAUUGGACAAACGUAUGAAAACAAUAUUGUAAAGUUCACUUUUUCCAACGGAGCGAAAACCCUAAAAUGUUUAGGAUAGAAAAUAAAUGAAGUUAUAACCAAUUGUUUUUGCCAUUCCGUUUGAAUGGGUUAUAGUUAUUUUGUUAUUAUAAUGUAGUCAUUGUUUGAUCAUAAAUAUGUACUUUGUGUA